UUCUCGAAGAAAUCUAGCAGCAUCCUCAGCUACUUCGGUUAAGAACUUUUGCGUCCUCAGGGUACUUGCGAGAUGGAAGAGGAGGCAAAAGCGAAAGACGCAGGAAAAUAAAGAUCAAAUACCGUUGUUGUCAUCUUUUAUUAUUUAUACAUAAUUACUUGUGCAUGUUGCAUCACUCUUAAGUGAUUUGCAUCACAGUAAUUGAUUUUCUUUUUUUUUUCUUUUUUUGAGUGUCCAUCAGAGGUAGUGUUUAACCCAAGGUGGCAUGGCCCAAAUGGCAGGUGUUGGCUUUAUAUGCCAGGGCAAAAAGGCUCAAGGAGCUAUAACCAGCCACACCCACCCCUCUUCCAUCUCCCCACCACCUCUUAAAGAAAGCCCGCAUAAGUUUUUCCCCUCUCCAUCAAUGGCUCUGGAUUGGUAGCAAUAGGGGGUGGUGGAGAUGGAGAGGGGCUCAAGUUUUCUUGCUGUCUCUGGGACCAAUGGCUCUGAUGACUCCGUCCAUGGGCUGCAGUUCGGGAAGAAGGUCUACUUUGAGGAUGGGGUUGGUGGUGGGAGCUCCUCCAAGGCCUCACCAACCACUGCGGCAUCCUUGGCAUCGCCGCCGCCGCCGCCGAAGAAAGGGAAGGGGGUCGUGCAAGGGAGGCAGCAGCCACCCAGGUGCCAGGUGGAGGGGUGCAAGGUGGAUCUCACUGGUGCCAAGGCCUACUACAGUAGGCAUAAGGUGUGCGGGAUGCACUCCAAGUUCCCUAAGGUCAUUGUCGCAGGCUUGGAGCAGAGGUUCUGUCAGCAGUGCAGCAGGUUUCACCAAUUACCUGAGUUUGACCAAGGGAAACGCAGCUGCCGCAGACGUCUGGCAGGCCACAAUGAGCGCCGAAGAAAGCCACCACCUGGGUCGUUAUCGUCACGCAUUGGACGACUGUCAUCAUCUUUUCAUGAGGAUAACAGAAGUUUCAGAGGCUUUCUUAUGGAUUUCACUCACCCAAGGCUACCAGAAACCGCACGGGAAGUAUGGCCAACAGUUCAGGCUGUGGAUCGGGUGUCUAGUCAUCAAUGGCAGGGCAGUUUAGGAGCUCCCCAACCAAGCGAGAUUGCACCACAUGGGGCCCGCCAAUACAUGCAUGAUUCCAUUGGUGGGGCUCUGCUCUCCACUCCGGAAAUUCCAGCAAGCGGAUGUCUCUCAGGAUCAUCAGACUCCAGCUGUGCUCUCUCUCUUCUGUCAACUCUGCCAUGGGGUAGCACUGCUACUAGGAACGACCAAGCUCCAACUAUCACAGCAAGCAGCAGCUUCAGUGGAGCGCCAAUGGAUCAGCCAGUUCUCUCGAAUAAUUAUGUAGCCAGUUCAUGGGGAUUUAAAAGUCACGAAGGUGGCAGCAGCUCACUGGGAGUCCAACAUGAGUUGGGAUUGGGUCAAGUCACCCAACUGGAUAGCAGUCAGUUCUCGGGAGAGCUUGAGCUGGCUCUGCAGGGAAGCAGGCAAUGCAUGGACUUUGAUCCUAGUAGGGCCUAUGGCCAUUCUGAUGAUGUGAUUCAUUGGUCCCUCUAGACCGAUUUGCUCAUGGUGCAAAAGAAACUUUUUGUACCAUUGAUUAUGUUUCUCCCAGUGAUCUGAAUUCUUGUCAGCACAAACUUCAAGAUUGAGUCCAUGGGGUGAUUCUAUCCUGGGAGUUCAUGAACCAGAAACACUUUAUAAUGGUUCAUCCACUUUUUUGUAACCUUGAGGAUCCCAAGUACAUUGCAAGAAGAUUUUUCAAUGGGUGCA